GAAAGAGACACGUUGAUGAUGCAUCUCAACCAUUUUAGUACCUGCCAAAACAUCUCUAUUCUCUCUUUCCUUAACACCUCUAAUAUUUCCCCAGAUAUUCCCAUCCACAACAUCUUCCAACAGGGGCAUCGCAUGCAUCGACAUAAUACAAAGCACAUGUAAAGACAACAACACUUCACCCACACCAAGUCGAGUCCCUACAUACCGCGUCUGUCUGUCGUCGCACUAUGGCCUCCGUCUAGUUGUCGCAGGUCCGUAGCAGCUACCGAGACCGCAUUUUAGAAUUCCUGUCUCCGGCGCAACCAUCUUCCUCAAAUCCGAGAACCUUUGACUACCCAACACACCUGCCCAACAUGAGCUCGCCAGCCAACCCUUCUGGUCCGCUUACGCCGCCUGCAGAACCAUCCUCACAAGCUCCCCAAACCUCACAGCCCUCUCAAGCCACAUCACAACCGCAAGUCGAAGCACUUCUUUCUCAGCCAUUAACCUCAUUAUCAGACGAUGGAAAAACUAGAAGACCACGAGAUCACCGAUUAAUACACCUCCUUCUCGCUUCACAUGGCAUAUCAGCCUACCAGCAACGCGUACCCCUGCAGUUGAUGGACUUUGCCUAUCGUUACACGAGUUCGGUGCUGAGUGAUGCGCUACACAUUCAAAACGAGGCAUACGAUCAAGCAGAUGUCGGUGCCCAAGGGAAAGGUCGAGGGUCCAAGCAGAAUCAAAACAAGACGGAAGAAGGCGACCUGAGCCUGGCCGCCCUACGCAUGUCAAUAGGCUCGCGAAUGGGUUAUCAAUUUCAGGGUAGUCUGCCCAAAGAGUUUCUGAAGAAUUUAGCAGACGAGAGGAACAGGAUAUCACUCACUGCGCAGUCCAGAGAUAGCGAGAAAGGUGGGCCGAUGAUAGGUGGCGUCCGGAUACCCCAUGAGAAAUACUGUCUGACUGGUGUUGGCUGGGGUUUAAAGGACGAGUGGGACAGCGAAGGUGAGGAGAGUAUGGACGAGGCAGAGCCCGAGCCUGAAGAUCGACCGGAGCCAGAAGAUCUGCAAAUGGAAGACAGGGUGGGAGACGAGGAUGAUGAAGGAUUGGGCACGAUGGAAGAUGUCUUCGGCGAUGAUGAGGUUGGUGAUGAGGAGAACAGAGACGGAGACGCCGAAAUGGAAGGCUGAGAGACACGAGAUCUCACUGAUGAUCUUAUCCUUUCUCACAUAAUGCGACUAUGAUACCCAGGAUAGAAGGAAGGACCACAUCACUCUAUCAUACAAUUGGCGUUGGGCAUGAUGCCUUUGCAUAUCACCUGUGGAUGCUCUAAGCAGGUGCCUCAAAAAGGGUUUUGGGUUUCCAGUGAGCAGUCGUUACCUUUUUGAUUCAUUUACACACCAGCGACAGUCGCACAUUCGUGACUUGUUACCACCUAUUGGAUCUUAUAUUGCUUGUC